CGUGCCGCGCGGUGCCGCGGUGCAUUGUGGGGCCGCAAAGAUGGCGGCGCUGGGCGCGAGCCGGGCGGCGGCGGGCCUCCUGCGUGCCCAGAGCCUCGGGGGGUGGAGGGGCCUGAGAACCACGGCCGCCCUCCCACAGAUACCCCAGGCCAAGUCCCAGAAUGCCAAGGCCGAGGGCACAUUCCAGGUGACGAUGCUCCCGGGGGAUGGAGUGGGCCCGGAGCUCAUGCACGCGGUCAAGGAGGUGUUCAAGGCUGCCAGUGUCCCCGUGGUGUUCGACGAGCACCACCUGAGCGAGGUGCAGAACACGGCGUCCGAGGAGAAGCUGGACCGCGUCGUGGACUCCAUGAAGGAGAGCAAGGUGGCCCUCAUAGGUGAGCUGUGCCCACAGCACGCCUGGCACCCCUCCUGCGGGCUCAGCCCAGCGCCUGCUG